GACACCUCAUUAGUACUGCCUAUCAGUGCCCUUUAGUGCUGCCUAUCAGUGCCCAUCAUGCCACCUGUCAGUGUCCAUCAGUGCCAGCUGUCAGUGCUCAUCCAUGCUACCUGCCAGUGCCACAUCAAUGCCACAUAUCAGUGCCCACCAGUGCACAUCAAUGCCACAUAUCAGUGCUCAUCUGAGUUGCCUUUCAGUGUCACCCAUCAGUGCCAGUCAGUGUCACCCAUUAAUGCCAGUCAGUGCUGCCAAUCAGUGCAGCCUAUCAGUGCCCAUCACUGCAGCCUCAUUAGCGCACAUCAGUGAAGGAGAAAAAUCACUUAUUUACAAAAUUUUAUAA